UCUCUCAGCACUGGGCUGCAUCCAGAUUGGAUGCUAAUGUUAUUUUUCGUCCACACGCACCUGACAGUGACGGUUACUCUGGGAUUGCUUCUCAUUCCAAAGUUCUUGUUUACUGGAACUCAUACACGGGAGGAUAUAGCCACAGAGGCUUAUGAAGAGGAGUUGGAUAUGGGUCACUCAGGCUCCUGCCUGAACAGCAGCAUAACAUCUGCCUGGAGUGAGCACAGUCUGGAUCCCGAGGACAUUAGGGAGGAGCUCAAGAAACUCUAUGCCCAACUGGAGAUCUAUAAAAGAAAGAAGAUGCUGGCCAAUAACCCUCACUUACAGAAAAAACGCAGUUCCAAGAGAGGACUUGGACGGACACUAAUGCGCCGUAUCACAGAAAUACCCGAGACAGUGAGUCGACAAUACAGCCGGGAAGAUCGAGACGCAAGUGACCAUGGGAGUAACAGAGGCACUCUGAGAAGAAACCCAUUUGACCCGUCUCACUCUGGGAAGUCAAGGGAAGAAUCGUUAAAGAGCAAGAUGUUCUCAUUGAAGAGAUCUCACAGCUAUGACCAUACGCAUGAACAAGAUGGGGAAACCAAUGGAGUGCAUGAAGAUAAAAUGGAGAACUCUACUACUGAGACUUCUCUGCUUGACACCUUGAUGGGCCGGAGGUCCAACAAGAAGAACCCUGAGGAGCCAAAGGUCGAGUUAGCUGAAUCUACCGAGUCAGUGCCCUUAGUGUGCAAGUCCGCCAGUGCACAUAACCUAGCAGCAGAAAAAAAGCCUGUACAUCUUCGAACCUCGAUGUUACAGAAGUCACUGUCUGUCAUUGCUAGCGCCAGAGAAAGGACACUGGGGAUUGCUGGGAAGACCCACAGUGUGGAAGAUGCCAGUAAAAAGGGUCUCAAAGCAAGGGACAGCACGGCACUUUCGGAAGUCGACGAAUCCCCUGAGUGUUUACCAAAAAUGAUCAUCAGCCAGACGGUUGAGUACACCAAAACGCCUAGUAAGAUGGGCAUCAUGAAGCAGCAAGUGAGUGGCAGUCAGCCCUCCAUUUGUUCAGAACCAGGGAAGGGCAAGGACCUGUACGACCUCUCUGAGGUGUGCCCUUGGGAAGUGGAGGAGUUACCCACUCCAACGGAGGGCAAGUCCCAGAAGCAUGUUUCCAUUGCUCCCACCGAAACUAAUACGAUCCAUGGGAGCAGUGCAAAAAGUGGACACAAGUCUCAACACAAACAAAAAGGGUUAGGCCAAUCUCCGUCAAACCGGCGCCGCUCCAGAGAUAAGACUGGGGACAGGGAUGAAGGGAGGAAACCCAAAUCACCUCUUAACCUCAAUGCCCACAAAGACACAAGUCCGUGGAACUUCGAGGAUCUACCGGUGCAACAAAUGGAGCCUGUAGGACUGUCCCCCGAGAGAACAAGCCGCAAGAAAAGUGUCACUCCCACGGAUGGAAAGCCCAAGAUCAUCCUCUCAGACAUCUCCAAGUCCACAGGAAGCCUUUUGCAGCCUCCAGCUCUCAUGGUGGAUAUCUGCUCUUGGGAUUACGAUCCCCCUCUGUCCCCCAACCAGGACAAGACUUGCAACCCCACACAUCAUUCAAAGAGAAGAGAUUCUUGCUCGAAAAGAAAAGGACCCUGCUCCUCCAAAGACAAAGCUAAGGAUAAAGAAGAUGACAAACGAACGUCCAAGAGUAAGGAGCGGAGAAGCUCCUCAAGUAAACCCUCCGAGAAGCGUCGCACAAGCCAAUCAUCAGAGGGAGACCAAGUUGCCACAGUGGCAUCUGGAAGGAGGAGGAGCUCUACUAGAGACUCCGCCAUCAGUAAGCAUGCUGACGUUUGCCCCUGGGAGACAGAGGUAUUGCCAAGUGCUACCUCAAAUGAUAAACAGCCUGCAACGACUGAGAACCACACAACUCGAACACCCUCCACUUACCUCAACAUGGCUGAAGUUUGUCCAUGGGACUUUGAUGAGAAGCUGUCAGGGAAAAGUGCAUGACACAGCAAUCACAAAAUUAGACCACUCCAGUAGGGUUUCUAAGAUG